AUGGUUGCUCAUGUCAGAGAUUUUGAGCUGGCAAGGUUUCUUCAAGAAUCCGAAAUUCAAAACCAAAGCAGUACAAUUGGAGUAAGGGGAACUGUUGGCUAUACUGCUCCAGAGUAUGACUUGGGAAGCGAGGUGUCAACAAAAGGGGAUGUAUAUAGUUAUGGAAUCUUGGUGUUGGAGAUGAUGACUGGAAAGAAACCUGUUCACAAUAUGUUCAAGGAAGGCCUUGACCUUCAUACCUUUGCUAGGAUGGCUUUGCCAAACCAUGUUACGGAGAUAGCAGACCCAACGCUUCUAAAAGAAUCAAGAAACAGCAGACCCAACGCUUCUAAAAGAAUCAAGAAACGACAUCGGAAAGGAGUGUUUGAUUUCCAUGAUCAGAAUAGGAGUUGCCUGCUCCAUGGAAUCACCACAUAA